AUGGUCGGGAUCCAUGUCGACGCAUAUGCGGAAGAAAUGGCAAUCGGGCUUGCGAUCCUACACUGGAAAGCAGGAAUCGAUGCACAAGACACCGAGUUUGUCAUCGGCUGCUCGGCAACCAAGACGUUUGCCACUGUAUACUCAGACCAUGGAUCUGUACAACCACCAGCGUCGACCACGGACGAUUUCACGGAACGAGAGACACAGUUGUGGAUGCUGGACUUCGAUAAGUGCUCCAAGAUUGACCUUGAAGACAAGGCUCUCUCAUCAUCACAGGUCGUGGAGAAGUAUAUGGUCGCCGUUACGGGGAAUGAUCCAUACUUCCCACAUCCAUGCUUGGUUGUUGAUCUAUGGCGCAAAUUUCGUAGGGCUUACCUCAAGGCCAGCGAAAUCCUUAUCAAGCACAGACGACUGGGUCGACGUGUGGCGAAAUUGCCUUUGAUGUUGAUGGAGCAAUGUGAGAAAUGGGGAGAGAAGGAUCUGGAGGCUGAGGAGUAUGAUCCUUUUGAACGACACUCUGAUGACGAGGAAGCUGAAAUUCUUUCCGAGCAAAGUAGCUCUGACGAUAGGGAAGAUGACGACGACGAAGACGACUAG